GUAGCCACUGACGCCGCCGCGGAGCUCUCUGCGGGGUAGACACCGCCGCAGCUCUACGCUCCCCUUCGCUCCGCUCGCUUUCCUCACUCGGGCCAACCUCCCGCAUCUGCGAGAGCGGAGGAGACAGGAGGGGGCGGAAAUCCAGAGCGAGCAGGAGCGCGCGAGGGAGAAGUGGGCUGCCCGUCCCCCAUCCCGCCACCCCCUCCCUCUCUGCCACCCUUGGGCUUCGGGAAACCUUGGCGACUUCCCCCAGACUUUCUGCAUGACUGUCACAAAGAUGUCCUGGCGCCCACAAUACCGAAGUUCCAAGUUCCGGAAUGUCUAUGGGAAGGUGGCCAACCGAGAGCACUGCUUUGAUGGGAUCCCCAUCACCAAGAAUGUGCACGACAACCACUUCUGUGCCGUCAACGCCAGGUUCCUUGCCAUCGUUACCGAGAGCGCAGGAGGCGGAUCCUUUCUUGUCAUCCCCCUGGAGCAGACAGGCAGGAUUGAGCCUAAUUAUCCCAAAGUUUGUGGUCACCAGGGCAACGUGCUUGACAUCAAAUGGAAUCCCUUCAUUGACAACAUCAUUGCAUCCUGCUCAGAGGACACUUCAGUACGAAUAUGGGAGAUCCCCGAGGGUGGCUUGAAGCGGAACAUGACGGAGGCAAUCCUGGAACUCUAUGGACACAGUCGGAGGGUGGGGCUUGUGGAGUGGCAUCCAACCACCAACAACAUCCUCUUCAGUGCUGGCUAUGACUACAAGGUUCUCAUCUGGAACCUGGAUAUCGGGGAGCCUGUGAAGAUGAUUGAUUGUCACACAGAUGUGAUCCUCUGCAUGUCCUUCAACACGGAUGGCAGCCUGCUCUCCACCACCUGCAAGGACAAGAAGCUGAGGGUGAUUGAGCCCCGUUCUGGCCGAGUACUACAGGAGGCCAGUUGUAAGAACCACAGAGUAAACCGAGUAGUAUUCCUUGGCAACAUGAAGAAGCUCCUCACGACAGGCGUUUCCAGAUGGAACACCAGGCAAAUCGCCCUCUGGGACCAGGAGGACCUAGCCAUGCCUCUCAUUGAAGAAGAGAUUGAUGGUCUUUCUGGACUCCUGUUUCCCUUCUAUGAUGCUGACACACACAUGCUGUAUUUGGCGGGAAAGGGGGACGGGAACAUCAGAUACUACGAGAUUGGGUCAGAGAAGCCAUAUCUGAGUUACCUCAUGGAGUUUCGCUCUCCAGCCCCACAGAAAGGCCUGGGGGUGAUGCCCAAGCAUGGGCUGGAUGUAUCAGCUUGUGAAGUGUUCCGGUUCUACAAGCUGGUGACCCUGAAGGGCCUGAUUGAACCCAUCUCAAUGAUUGUGCCUCGGAGGUCAGAAUCUUACCAGGAAGACAUUUAUCCCAUGACCCCAGGAACGGAGCCAGCUCUGACCCCUGAUGAAUGGCUAGGAGGCAUCAACCGAGAUCCAGUGCUGAUGUCUUUAAAAGAAGGCUAUAAGAAAUCUCCCAAAGUGGUGUUCAAGGCCCCAAUCAAAGAAAAGAAGAGUGUUGUGGUCAACGGAAUAGAUUUAUUAGAAAAUGUCCCACCCAGGACAGAAAACGAGGUAAGGAACGUAAGUUAUUGCAUCCGUGGGCUCAAAGAGGGAGACCUUUAAAUUUCAAUUAUGUGUUCUAGGCCUUCACAGCGGCUUCCCUCCCAGUCAUCUUUCUUUUUGUGACAAACUCCAUAAGCGGCCCACUGUUAGCUUCCACUGCUGCUCUGACCCUCAUAAAUACCAUCUGGAGAAGGGAGGAGGGAUGGA